CAUAAGCGGGGGCGGGCGAGGGGCCGCCCGUGGAGCGCAGCACCCGCGGAGCGAUGGGGCAGCCGGGGGUGCCCCUGGCCCUGCUGGGGCUGGGGCUGUGCUGGGCAGCGGCGGCCGAGCGGCACACGGUGUUCUGGAACAGCUCCAACCCGCGGUUUCUGUGGAGUGACUACACGGUGGAGGUUCGUCUCAAUGACUACCUGGACAUUAUCUGCCCCCACUACGAGGAGGGCAGCGUGGACCCCCGGGUCAUGGAGCGCUACACGCUGUACCUGGUGGAGCUGGAGGAGUACCAGGCCUGCAAGCCCCGCUCCAAGGAGCAGAUCCGCUGGGAAUGCGACAAGCCCAGCGCCCUGCACGGCCCCGAGAAGUUCUCAGAGAAGUUCCAGCGCUUCACUCCCUUCACGCUGGGCAAGGAGUUCAGGGAGGGACACAGCUACUACUACAUCUCCAAACCCAUCCACCACCACGGUGAAGCCUGCCUGAAGCUGAAGGUGACGGUGACAGGCAAAGGCACUCCAGCACCGCCUGCCCCGGCCUCGACGCAGAAGGGGAGGAUCCAGGCAGACGAUGCGGCCGCACACGUGCUGAGGAGCGUGGGGCAGAACUCGGCCAUGCGCAGCAGCAGCCGCCCCUUCACCUUCAUCAGCCUCCUGCUGCCCCUCCUGCUGCCGCAGGGGCUCUGAGCCGCCCCUCGUGCCCGGACCCACCGAGGCUGUGGCCAUUGGGGACCCCCGUGGUCCCCGCACAUCUGCCCCGUGUGCCCUGCCCUGCGCACAUCUGGGCCAGGAAAGGAUUUGUCAGUAUUAUGGGGCUGGAGGGCCCAAAGCCAUCGGAGCAGCUGGAGCCUUCAGGCUUCCCUGGCCCUUCCAGGAUGCUCCUGGCAGCCAGAGGCCGAGCGGGAGCCUGGAGCUGGAGGGGCUGAGGUGCCCCAGACUGGAGAGGGGCAGGGGGCUGGCACCCCUGCCCCGCAGCUGAGCUCGCCCACCGCCCUCGGGGCUUUCCCCGUGGUGGGCUGGAACUGGAAUGUGUCCUGCAGGCGGGGACGUGGGGGUGGCCUGGUGACACCCGUGCAGGGGGCCACUAACCCCCCAGUGUCAGUGGCCUGGGAGCACAGACAGGCUGGAGACGCCCCGCAGCCAGGGGAGCGGGGUUAAGAGAAACAUCCCACUCCUCAGUGCGCUGCACCCCUACCCCUUCCUUCAUCCCCUGGCCCUUCCCCAUCCCUCCCCUCCGCUGGGUGCCGGAGGGGCCCCCCAGCACCCCCUUUGUACAGCUUUCUAACACGGGACUUUUUUAUACCAUUGUCGGGAAUAAAUAACCAAAACCGUGCUGAGCUCCUGAGACCUCCCCCACCCUCCUGGGCCAAGGCUCUCCUGGCCCCUGCGGGGGGUUGGGCUGGUUAAUUAAUUAAUUGGCUGGUGUUUGCACGGGGCUGUUAAGUGGCGAAGUGCCACAGUGGCUGGCACUGUCCCCGGCUUUAUCUGGUGACACAAAGGCCUGCCCUGAGGAUAGGGACCCCUCCCCCUGCACUGGAGGGAGCUUCCAGGUGGGGGGCAGCGGCUCCUGGGACAAACCCCGCUGGAAUGCGACAGACCCCGUGGGAUGGGUCUGAUAAACCCACCGCUGGUGAGGAGGGGGCUUGGGCAGGGGACACAGCCUGGCUGCACCCCAGGGGCCCCCACGGGGUGACCCCAGGGAUGUGGGACCCCCGAGGGGGAGACACUGUGGGUGCGGCGAGCUGGGAUCACAGGGAUUUGGGGGCCCUGGAAUUGGGAAUUUCAGGGAGCGAGGGUCCUGGAGAGGUGAGAUUUUGGGGUACAGGGAUGCAUGACACCCGAAUGUGGGGGACCCUAGAGAUGCAGGGUCACGGAGAGGGGUCACAGGGAUGAGGGACCCCAGCAGGAUGUGUGGGGGCACCCUGGGACAGUGGGGUCACAGGGAAAUGUGGAUCCCAGGGAAAUUAUUGUCACACGGAUGUGUGACCCUCAGCAUGUGUGGGAACACCCUGGGACAGAGGGGUCACAGGGAAAUGUGGAUCCCAGGGAAAUUGUUGUCACAGGGAUGUGUGACCCUCAGCAUGUGUGGGAACACCCUCGGACAGAGGGAUCACAGGGAAAUGUGGAUCUCAUGGCUGCAGGAUCCUGGGGAAUUGUGACAGAGAUGAGUGACCCCCAGGAUAUGUGAGGACACCCUGGGACAGCGGGGUCACAGGGAAAUGUGGAUCCCAGAGGAAUUGUCACAGCGAUGUGUGACUCCUGCAGGAGGCGGGGGUGGGGAGCUGGGCUCACAGGGGUGUGAGACCCCGGGCUGCGCAAUCUGCACCACGGGGCUCACCCUGGGCCCCCCAAACCUGAAGUGGGGCGCUCAAUACCCGCCACCCUUGGGGUGCUCCCCCCCACACCGGCCCCGGUGCCCUCCCGGUGCCCGCGGCAGGUCCCG